CUGCUUGCCUUCCGUCGGUCGGGAGUCGCCUUUCUCCCCCAUGGGCUGCCUAGCGACCUUCCUUCCCUCGGGAAAGGCGGCCGCGGUAUCGAAAGAGGAGCCCUGCUAGAGGGCGGGCGAGGGGGCGGGUCUGCCGCGCAGGCGCACUUCCUUUCCCUGCCUGGACGAUCUCGGCUGUCUUGGAAGGCGGCCCGCUUCUUCUCCCCUUUUUUUCUCGUCGGGAAGAAAACGGCACGAUGAGGCACCUCCUGUUCCGCCGCCUCUUGCAGGGCUGCCGUCGGGGCGCCCUUCCCUGUCUGCCUCUCAAUGUGUCAGGGAGUUUUGGGAGAAAACCCUUGACUGAUACGUUGCAUCAUGCAUACAGCACAGAAGGAGGAAAUGCCGGAAGGUCCCUUGGACACUAUCCAAUACCCAAUAAGAAGGAUUUGCCGUAUGACAUAGUGGAGCUCAUGGAAGAAGUAGAAGUAAAGACUGGGUUUUUGCCCAAUGUAUUUAAAGUGUUAUCUCACCGACCAGCAGAAUUUAGAGCCUUCUUUGCUUAUUACAAUGCCAUCAUGAACAAGGAGUCAGGGAAUCUAAGCAAGGCCGACAAAGAACUCAUUAUUGUAGCUACCAGUAUUGCCAAUCGGUGCCCCUACUGUGUAGUUGCACAUAGUGCCUUCCAUCGGAUAUACUCCAAAAAACCCACUCUGGCGGAUCAGGUCACCGUGAACUGGAAAAUGGCUGACCUAACUGAUCGGGAGCUGGCCAUGCUUGAAUUUGCAAUUGCUGUCUGUCAAGCAAAUAACAUUACCGAAGAGCAUUUUCAGAAGCUGGAAGCCCAUGGGUUUGACCGAGAAGAUGCCUGGGAUAUAGGCGCCAUCUCGGCCUUUUUUGCAAUGUCAAAUCGUAUAGCCCACUUCACAAAUGUGCCUCCAAACCCAGAAUUCUAUGCCAUGGGAAGAGUACCAAGAGACAAAGAGAAGACUGAAUCCUCCUAACCGACCUUGCUUGUUUUACCAGAUUUUUGCUUAAGGCUUUCCAGAUUUUUUGCAAAAAGAUUGUCUCCCAACAUUGAGGUCAUACUUGACUAGAUACAGAAUGAAUAUGGUAAGGUCCAAAUGGGCAGGUAUUGGUUUUAGUAAGAUGUACCUCACAUUCUAUUGAAUUCUUGAAAAGGAUUUCUGGUGGGAUCUCAGCUAAAAUGUGGUACACUGAAGACAUUUUGAGCCCCUGCACUUGCUGCUUAGCUUCUUUUGACUGUAAUCAGUACCAUACUGUGAUUUAUCAAUAACUUCAGGGUUAACACUUUCAUAAUGUAUUUUAUUUCUCUUAAACCUAUUUGACCCAGGACAUACUUGUUACAACAUAUCUUUUAAUGACCAAAAUUUGAAAGAAUGUUUCAUGAGACAUGACAACAAAUAUUUAGAAGGGUUGUUUCUUAAUGCCUCCCAAAGAACUGUGAUUUGCCUGUUACCUACUUUAUUGUAGCAUGAGAUAAAUACUGGUUUUCUUCAUGUUUUUAAGGUGCAAAUUUAAUCUGGCUGACUGCUUUAUACUACCGUAUUUGCCGGCGUACAAGAUGACUUUUUGGUCCUGAAAAACAUGCCUCCAAGUGGGGGGGUCAUCUUAUA